ACAGCUCUGCAGGCGGGGUCCUCGCUGCCAGCCUGUCCUGUAAUGUGGGGCCCCUGGUGAUGGUGUGGGCCCUUGUCUGUCUCUUGCAUAGUGCAAUUCUGGAGCCGCCCCUGUGACAUUGUGGCCCUGUACCCUGUGGGACCAGUGAUAACACUAUGGCCAUGUUAUAUCCUCUGCCAUCAGGCUAUGGGCGCUUGCUUGAGUCUGACAUGAAAUGCGUGGGGUCAGUGGGUAAUAUAAUGGUCCUGUUAUAUCCUAUGUCAUCAGACUGGGAGCUUCCUAGUAUCAGACAUGAAAUACGUGGGGUCAGUGGGUAAGAUUAUGGUCCUCUUAUAUCCUCUGCCAUCAGGCUGGGCGCUUGCUUGAGUCUGACAUGAAAUGCGUGGGGUCAGUGGGUAAGAUUAUGUUAUCAUCAGACUGGGAGCUUCCUAGUAUCUGACAUGAAAGGCGUGGGGUCAGUGGGUAAUAUAAUGGUCCUGUUAUAUCCUCUGCCAUCAGGCUGGUCGCUGGCUUGAGUCUGACAUGAACAGCGUGUGGUCAGUGGUAACGUUGUGGCCAUGUUGUAUCCUGUGUAAUGAAACUGGUCACAUCUCAGCGCGCCGCUCCUUCAGACACAAAGCCGGGCAGAGCAACCAGGGGGGCGAUGGCCAUGAACCUUCCUGGCCGAUCCCUACAGGUGCACAGGAGGAUUUCAGCUCCUGCCUGAACUGGACUAAUGUUGCUGUCGGCUCCUGAGGCUGAAGGCUCCGCUGCAUGGUCCUCUGGAUGUCGAUGGGGCAGAGCUCCGUGCUUAUCGUGCUGCAGGAUUGGUGGAGUUGUAGUGAUUCGGUUGCAGGUACUUGACAGCGUUGUCUCAUUGUGCGUCUGAAGGACGCCCCGCUGCUUCUCGUCUGGCUCGGUGCACCUUGUGGAUGUCCUCAGUGCACACAUUGGGAGCCUUUCCAAGGGAAAAAGUGAGAUGUGGAGAAAACCUAGCUUGUAUUUUGUUAAUGGGCGCAGCUUCCCGGACUUUAUGUACUCGCCGGAGUCUCCCUAGUGAUGUCAUCAGCUGAAGCUGGGGGGUUGUGUGGAAGUCUCCCUGCAUGUUAUCCAGUCGUGCAGCCCACCUAGUACGGUAUGAACAGCCCUGCAGGGGCGCGCAGGCGGCACCAGGCCGGUGUCUGCACACUGCGUGGGUGUUUUUAGACUUGUUUGUCAACUUUGCACUUAAAGGUUGUUGCUUUGGACUAGGAAUUGACCUUGGUUUAGUACGACGUAAGGAAUCCGAGCUUCGUGUGACUGAUCUCCUGUCGGAGGAGCAAGGAGACGCGGCUGACAGCGCCCAGCACGGAACAGAGCCACAAACACAUUGCACCCCACCUGCACGUGCAGCACCAGCCUGCGGGGGUCAUGUGCACCCUAUGCCCAGAGGCAAAUUCCUGGCAGAGGUCACCCACCGUUAUUCUGAGAACGGGGACGAUUUUUCCUGUGUUGUGCAGAUUUGCUGAAUCUUACUCAGAAAUGAGCCGUCAGACUGCCGCAGCCAUCCCGACUGGUACUUCAAAGUGUCCACCAUCCCAGCGGGUGCCAGCCCUGACCGGAACAACGGCUUCAAACAAUGACUUGGCGAGUCUCUUCGAAUGCCCCGUAUGCUUUGACUAUGUUUUGCCACCUAUUCUUCAAUGUCAGAGCGGACACCUCGUGUGCAGCAACUGUCGGCCCAAGCUCACAUGUUGCCCAACCUGCAGAGGGCCCUUGGGAUCCAUCCGCAACCUGGCAAUGGAAAAAGUUGCCAACUCUGUCCUCUUCCCCUGCAAAUACGCCUCGUCAGGUUGCGAGGUAACCUUGCCGCACACGGAGAAAGCCGACCACGAAGAGCUGUGUGAAUUUCGACCGUACUCGUGCCCCUGCCCCGGCGCAUCCUGCAAAUGGCAGGGUUCCUUGGAUGCCGUCAUGCCACAUCUUAUGCAUCAGCAUAAAUCCAUCACGACGUUACAAGGAGAGGAUAUUGUGUUUCUUGCCACAGACAUUAACCUUCCCGGGGCUGUGGACUGGGUCAUGAUGCAGUCCUGUUUUGGCUUUCACUUCAUGCUGGUUUUGGAGAAACAGGAAAAAUACGAUGGUCACCAACAGUUCUUUGCUAUUGUACAGCUAAUAGGCACGCGGAAGCAAGCCGAGAACUUUGCUUACCGCCUGGAGUUGAACGGUCACCGGCGACGAUUGACUUGGGAAGCCACUCCUCGCUCUAUUCACGAGGGCAUUGCGACCGCCAUCAUGAACAGCGACUGCCUCGUGUUUGACACAAGCAUUGCGCAGCUCUUUGCGGAAAAUGGCAAUUUAGGAAUAAAUGUGACAAUCUCCAUGUGUUAAAAACAAAAAACAAAACGGCAAUCACAAACUUCCAGGGCCAGUGUUUCAUGUCCUCGCUUUAUAUUUCACUUUCUACAGUUGCAAUUGACUUUCACUGCCGGCCACAGACUGUGCAAAAAAAAAAAAAAGGUGAAAAAAAAAAGGAAAAAAUGUGGGCCCGGCCAGUGAAUUCCAAAAACAGGAAGCAGAUGCAUGUAAAGAGAAAAAAAAAACACUAAUAUUUAAAAAUCAACCACUGAAAAGACCCCCUACACCCUGUACUCGGGCAUCUUUUAUUUUUUGUUUUGUUUUUUAUUUUUUUUAUUUAAAGGAAAAAAAAACUAAAAAAGAAAAUUAAGAUUAACCCCAACUGAAUUUGUGUUUGUAGUUUGUACAGUAAAAUACAGUCUGUGUUUCUUUCCCCCUUUUUUUUUGACGAACAAGCCAUUACACGCGGCCUCCUCUCCGGGGCGCCGUCUUCCUCAUUUGUAAGUCACUAUAUAGAAUUGCUGCUGUUUGUGUAUAUUUUCUGUGUAUUGCUAAUUUUUAAUAACUUCUAGUUUUUCAUUCAAUAAAUUUGACUUUUCUUUUCUGUAAUUAAGUAUAUAAAUAUAUAUUAUAUAUUUUUUUUGUACACAUACGUUUGCUAUGUAUAAUUUCUUGAUUUAUUCCCCAUCUCCAUAAUUUUUUUUUUUUUCUUUUUAAAAUAUUUUUAUUUAUUUUUCUGCUCCCAAAUCUGGAAUGAGGAACGUUGAUAUUUUCAGUGAUUGUUCGACCUAACGGGAUUGUUUUUGACUUGUUUGUGUUGGUCAGACAUUUACAUUUUUUGUCUCUUUUGCCGAAACCCUAUAAGAAGGUCCUUCUCUAAAAUGCCGAAAGGUAUGACUACUGGUUGCAUGUAAUGGCGCCUACACAUAGGGAGUGCCAGCCAUUUUAUAAAGGGGUUGGCCAGGAUUAGAAAAAUGAUGGCAAUUUUUUAUUUAUUUAUUUUUACUAAAAAAGGCGUCACCCCUAUUCAUGGGUAGUACCAUAAACCGGUGGCGCAGUUUUUUUUUUUCCUUAAAUAAAGCAGCCAUGUUUUUCUAACUCCAGACAACGCCUUUAAGGAUUUUGCCUGUUAGGAAAUGGUUAUGGGUCCAAAGAGAAUCCAUAAACUGUGUCAUUGAAAGUAGCGGCUCUGACCGUACAAUGGCGGCAUCCGGUGUGGAGGUGGCAGUGUUACCAAACAGAUAUGAGAAUGGAAAGCUGUGUUUUUUUUGUAAAAGCUGAAUUAUCCUGAGUGUUGCAGCUACCUUAUGAAAUUUAGAUAUGGCUUUAUGCUUCAAUCAGACGGACGUAAUUUGGGCGCUGCUUAGCAGCCGUAUUAUGCCCCUUUCAGACGAGGAACAUGAAACCCGUCCGAGUUCUGUCUGUGAAAAUUCUGACGCCUUUGAAUCAGCUUUUUCUGCAACUACAUUGUGAGGCAUCAGCAUCUCGUCCAUGAAAGAUACUGAAUGCACGCCCAGUUUAGACAA